GAGCCUAUUUUUUAAACGCACCGAGGCGAUUUGAAAACAUGGCUUAGAAAUUCUUUCAUAAACGUUUCCUUUCCCAUAUUUCUGUUUUAUUUGUAUUGGAGUAGCUUGUUUGGUCUUGACAUUUUUAUCCCUCAAUUUACUGGUGGAGGUUAGCGUAACAAAAACAUGGCGUUUGCCCCAGCGGUUUGGUUAGCUGUUCAGGAAGAACUCUGUGGGGACAACAGUUCGGAAACAAAGCCUGAAAACUACUUUGAUGAUUUUGAAGAUGAGGAACUGUUUCAAAUGUUUCACCUUACUCGACCAUGCAUCAAUUUCAUUACAGACUAUGUAAGUCACCAGAUGACAAAAAUACAUGAUACCAAACAGACCAGUCAUUCUCCUUGCGGAAUGGUGAUGACCGCGUUGGACUACUAUGCUAACGGAAUUGUAUCAACGACAGUCCAAAAUAAAGUCGGAUUAAAUCCCUUAGAAACGCCAGAAGUCAUUUAUAUCGUUUCAAAGGUGUUGUCCGGUAUGGUCAGUGAUUUUGUCACUUUCCCGAGGACUCGUGACUCGAGAGCCAACGUCGCUAAUGACAUAAAGAACUUCUGCGGGAUGCCGAACGUGUUGGGUGUGGUGGCUUGUCUGCAUGCGAGGGUGAGACCGGCUCAUCUCCAGCCCGAGCUCUUUCGGAAUACUCUGGGUUUCUUAUCAGUCAUGAUCCAAAUCAUCUGCGACUGUGAAGGAAAUAUUUUGAGUGUGGAAGAAUGUUGUGUAGGCAGCACUCCUCAGCAAAACAUCUGGAACACCUCUGUUAUAGGAUCUCAAUUUAAGCGAGGGGUACAUGGAACCAACUGGAUUAUAGCGGGUUCCGGUUACACGCUCGGCUGUCAUCUCCUGACGCCCGUGUUUCCCGCCAACAGCGAGCCGGAAAAGCGCUUUAACUCCGCGCACGCCAAGGUUCUCCGAAUGAUGCAGGAAACUAUCACGUCGCUGAAGAAGCGCUUCCUGUGUCUCAAGUUCUUCGGUUACGCGCAGCAGGACGCCCUGGAUAAGAAGGGUGAUGUCAUGAACGCCUGCUGCGUCCUGCACAACAUUGCCAAGAAAUUUUCCGUCCCGUCUGUGGUGGAACCGGGGGAGAACUUGGAGACCAUGCACCCGGGAGCGCAGUUCCGGGACUUGUCCGCAGAGCUGCCUCUCGAGAUGGCAAAGGCCAGAGACGACAUCAUUGCUGGAUAUUUCUCUGUCUCUGGAGCGACAGUAUGAAAUGCUACAGGAUGAACUCGCCGGUGAAGGUACACGGAGGGAAAUGUAGAAUGACAUCACAAGCCAAGUCUUGCACGCAUACAGGCAGUCUGGGAAUCUUGUCCAGUUAAGAUGAAGAAAAUAAUUAUUUAACAGUUUCUGUUUCAUUCUUGGAAAAGUAAAAAGAAAAUAAUAAUAAGGUUUUGGAAAA